AAAAGAAAAUUAAAAAAAAACCAUACUUCCAAUAAAAAUACAUAUAAAUGCACAUAAAACAAAUUAUUAUUCAAGGUUUUAAGUCGUAUAAAGAUCAAACAGUAACAGAUAUCUUUAGUCCUAAAUAUAAUGUAGUUGUUGGCAAAAAUGGUUCUGGAAAAAGUAAUUUUUUUUCUGCAAUUCGUUUUGUUUUGAGUGAUGAAUACACACAUAUGGGCCGUGAAGAACGUCAGGCACUUCUUCACGAGGGUGCAGGACAAUCAGUGAUGAGCGCAUAUGUAGAAAUUAUCUUUGAUAAUACAGACAACAGAUUCCCGACAGGAAAAGAGGAUGUAGUUAUUAGGAGGACUAUUGGUCUUAAGAAGGAUGAAUAUUCUUUAGAUAAAAAAAGCGUUAAUAAAUCUGAUAUUAUGAAUCUUUUAGAAAGUGCAGGAUUUUCCCGAAGUAAUCCAUAUUACAUCGUUCCACAAGGAAGAAUUAUGGCAUUAACAAACACAAAAGAUUCUGGAAGAUUAGCUCUUCUUAAAGAAAUUGCGGGAACACAGGUUUAUGAACAACGUAGAGCAGAAUCUUUAAAAAUUUUAGAAGAAACAAUGGUUAAAAAAAUAAAGAUUGACGAAUUGUUGAAAUAUAUUGAUGAACGAUUGAAUGAACUUGAGGAAGAAAAAAAUGAACUUAAAGAAUUUCAAAAGAAGGACCGAGAACGUCGUUGUUUAGAAUAUACUAUUUAUGCAAGAGAACAAGAAGAAGUUAAUAAAGCACUUAGUAAUAUAGACGAGGAGAGAAUUAAAAAUCUUAAUUUGAAUGAUGAUAAAUGUGAUACAUUUAUAGAAAGAGAACAACAGAUUCAGGAAAUUGAUCAGGAUAUUAUUGAAAUAAAACAGCAAUUACAUUUAUUAAAUAUAGAAAAGUCUCAAGCAGAAGAAGAAAAACAUAUAAGAAUUAAGGAAAGAGCACAAUUAGAAUUUGUUAUAAGAAAUCUUUCUGAAUCUGAUAAUCAAUUUAAAAACUCGAAAGAUAUACAUCAAAAAAAUAUAAAAAACCUGGAAAAUGAAAUUAGAGAGAAAGAAGCUUUUCUUGAAUCAUUUCUUUUAGAAUUCGAAAAAGUGAAACAUGAGGAAAUGCAAGCUAAAAAUGAACUUGAGAACGCUCAAAGUCAACAAAAUUCACUCUAUGCUAAAAAGACUCGUAAUUCUCAUUUUAAAAAUAAAAAUGAACGAGAUGCAUGGUUGCGGCAAGAGAUUUCAGACUUAAAAAAAAAUAUUAAAAAAAGAACUCAAUCUAAAAUUGAAUUAGAAGAAGAAAUAGGGGCACUUAAUAAAGAUAUUAAAGAUAUUUCAGAGCGUAUAAAAUCUAUAAGAGAAGAAAUUGAAAAUAGAUCAGAAACAUUAGAAAGUCUUACAAAUGAGCAUUCAUCUGCUAAAAUACUUCGUGAUCAGUUAAUGGAUGAGCGAAAAGAAUUAUGGCGCCAAGAAGCUAAAUUGAGUUUAACUGUAGAACAUAUUAAAGAAGAAUUAAAUCAGGCUGAAAGAAAUUUAGUAAAUACAAUAUCUAGAGAUAUAAAUUAUGGGUUAAUGAAUGCUAAAAAAAUUGCACAAAGAUUUGAAUUAACGGGUUAUUAUGGUCCAUUAUAUGAAUUAUUCGAAGUAGAUGAUCGAUAUAGAACUGCAGUUGAAGUUACAGCAGGAAAUAGUUUAUUUCAUCUUGUUGUUGAUAAUGAUAUUACAGCCUCUAAAAUUAUUGAUGUUUUAAAUAAGGAGAAAGGUGGAAGAGUCACAUGUAUGCCUCUUAAUCGUUUGUCUCCAAAAGUAGGGGAUUUUCCUAAUGCACCUGAUGCUAUACCAAUGUUAAAAAAAAUAAAUUAUGAUAUUAAAUAUCAAAAAGCUUUUGAGCAAGUUUUUGGAAAAACUAUAAUUUGUCCAACUCUUGAUAUAGCAUCUCAGUAUUCUCGUGCUCAUAAUAUUACCGCGAUAACAUUAAAGGGUGAUAGAUCCGAUAAAAAGGGUACAUUUACAGGCGGUUUUCAUGAUAUUAGGAACUCUAAGUUAGAGGCUAUAAAAUCUCUUAAGAAAAUUAAGCAAAUUUAUGAAGAAAAUCAUUCUUCGACUAUUCAAAUUAAAAAAACGCUUGAAGAAAUGGAUCAAAAAGUUACUCAACAAUUAUCGAAAAUACAGACUUUAGAAGCAAAAAAGAACCAAAUUGAAGGAAAUUAUAACCCACUUCGAAUAGAACUUUCAACAGCCGUAAAAGAAGAAGGAAUUUUGCAAGAUAUGUUGUCAAAAAAAAAAUUGCUUUUAGAUGAUUUAAAUUUUAAUAUAAACUCUUUAAAUUCUCAAUUAUUGUCAUUACAGGAUGAAAUGAAAAUUGAAUUUAAAAAAACAUUAAUGCAAAUAGAAGAAGAUACCCUUGAAGAAUUAAAUAAAACCAUAGAUUCGCUUAAAGAUGUAUAUACUACUCAUAAUAUGAAAAGAAUGGAGCUAGAAAAAGAAAAAAUUAAAUUAGAAAUUGAACUUCGUGAAAAUUUAUAUUUGCGUCGCGAUCAAUUAAAAGCACAAAGUUUUUUAAAUGAUGAUGAUAUGGAUGUUAAUUUAGAUGAAAUACAAAAAGAUCUUUCUCAUGUUCAAAAUGUUAUAGAUGCUAUUACUAAAAAAUAUAGUGAUCUUGAAUUAUCUAUUGAUCAAUUGUCUACGGAAUUACAUAAUAAAGAUCAAAAGAAGAUAUUACUUCAGAAUCAACAAAAUGAUGAAGCCAGAGAUAUAGAAAAGCAUCAGAAAGCUUUAGAACGUAACAUGGCAAAAAGAGCUUUAUUAUUACAAAAUAAAGAAAAAUGUAAUAAAAAUAUAAGAGAUUUAGGAGUACUUCCUGAAGAAGCUUUUGAAAAAUUUUUUUCUAUUAAAUCAAAUAUGAUCGUUAAACGACUUCAUAAAGUAAACGAAGCUCUUAAAAAAUAUAAUCAUGUUAAUAAAAAGGCUUUUGAACAAUAUACUAGCUUUGUUAAGCAGAGAGAUGCUCUUUUAGUUCGGCGAAAAGAACUUGAUGAAUCUCAAGCAUCAAUAGAAAAUCUUAUUUCAGUUCUUGAUCAAAGAAAAGAUGAAGCUAUUGAAAGAAAUUUUAAGCAAGUUUCAAAAAGUUUUUCAGAAGUGUUUGAAAAAUUGGUGCCUAUAGGAAAAGGUCGACUUAUUAUGCAACGAAGAAUUGAUCAUAUAGAAAAUAAUCAUGAUGAUUAUAAUAAAGAUGAAAUAAAUAAAAAAAAUCCUGUUGAAAAUUAUGUAGGAGUUGCUAUCAGCGUAUCUUUUAACAAUAAAAAGGAUGAACAGCGAAUACAACAGUUAAGUGGAGGACAAAAAAGCCUUUGUGCUCUUGCAUUAAUUUUUGCUAUUCAACGUUGUGAUCCUGCGCCGUUUUAUCUUUUAGAUGAAGUUGAUGCAGCAUUAGAUACUCAGUAUCGUACCGCUGUAGCAACAAUGCUUCAUGAAAUGUCAAAUAGUGCACAAUUUAUUUGCACAACAUUUAGACCUGAAAUGAUACAAACUGCGGAUAAGUUUUAUGGAAUUGUUUUUAAAAAUAAAGUGUCAAGUAUUCAAACAAUUGAAAAAGAAGAAGCUUUAGCAUUUGUUGAAUUGGUAGUUUUAAAAAAAAAUUAA